CAUUCAUUUUUUCAGUACAGAACAUGGAGUAGAAACGGGACAAAUAUGGCGGACGAUAACUUUAGAGUUCGGCUUGUGGAACGUUUAAAAAUCAAAAUAGGUGAAGCCAAAAAUUUACCUUCGAGAAGUCACGGAUCAGCAUCCCAAAGAGAUAGCUAUUGUACACUGUCACUGGACCAAGAGGAAAUAUUUAGGACUUCAACAGUUUAUCAGUCUUUAAGUCCAUUCUUUGGUGAAGAAUUCCAAUUCGAUGUGCCACGCAAUUUCCGUUUCAUCUCCGUUUAUGUCUUUGACAGGGACAGGCAAAAUAACAAACAAGACAAGGUGCUAGGCAAAGUAGCUAUCCGUCGUGAACACUUAGCUUCCUACAACAACAAAGACCAUUGGUUCCCGAUCAAAGCUGUUGACGCUGACAGCGAAGUCCAAGGCAAAGCCAACAUAGAAAUCAAAUUCGAACCUGUCUUUAAUCGCAGCAAAAAUUCCAGCUACAACACCAAUACGCGGAAACUUUUUGUGCAAGUUGUAGAGUGUCUGGACUUGACUUUGAAAAACGGUGCAUGUGACCCUUACGCGUUAGUCUCGGUGACUUACACAAACGGCAAAAGGUUAUCGAAAAGAACUAAAGUGCGGAAAAAAACAACCAGUCCUCAGUUUGAUGAGGAGUUUGCAUUUAACAGUAGCGAGGACGGUGAUAGUGACACUGAAAUUUGUGAACUUUUGGUAUCUAUUUGGCACGAUACGCCUGGGAUGAGUGACGAUGUGUUUAUGGGUGAAGUUCGGGUGCAGCUUAGGGGAUUGCAACAACAGAAUGCAGCUCAUAGAAAUGCUUGGUAUUUUCUACAGCCCCGGUCCAGCAAAAACCGUCCAUUUUUAACUCAUUCAACGCCUCCUGGCACCAGAUUGUCCAGCGACAACAGUUUAGGUUCCUUGAGGCUCCAAGUCCAAUAUACCGAGGAUCGCGUUUUUCCGGCAGCUAUCUAUGACAAUCUAAAGACUUUGCUUUUUCAAAGUUUGCAUAUUCAGCCUGUAACAAAUAGCUCGGUCUACGUCUUGGGUGAAAUUAUUAGCAAAAUAGAAAUAGCGCCCCCUUUAGUUCGAAUACUUUUACACUCGGACAAAGUGGUACCAAUUAUUAGAUCCUUGUCAGAAGUGGAAAUUUCAAAUGUCACGGAUCCCACAACAAUUUUCCGUGGGAACACUUUGGUUUCCAAGAUGAUGGACGAAGCUAUGAGACUUAUUGGACUACAGUACCUGCAUAAAACGCUACGACCAACUUUAGAGCUUAUUUUCAGUGAGAAGAAACCUUGCGAAAUCGAUCCAACCCGCGUGAAAGAUCCAAACACUAUCCAGACAAACCAGACAAAUUUGAAAUUUUACAUUCAAAAAAUUUUCGAUGACAUCACGCAGAGCGCUGUUCAUUGUCCUGCGCUCAUGUGUCAGAUUUUUCAUAAUUUGAAGGAGUGUGCUAUGAUGUAUUUUCCUAAUAAUAAAGAAGUAAGGUAUUCUGUGAUAUCGGGAUUCAUUUUCCUGCGGUUUUUCGCCCCAGCGAUAUUGGGACCCAGACUUUUUGAUUUGACGACGCAAGCUAUUGACUGUCAGACAAAUAGGACGCUCACGUUGAUUUCCAAAACAAUCCAGUCAUUGGGAAAUUUGGUGAGUUGUAGAUCGACGCAACAAGUGUGUAAAGAAGAAUAUAUGGAUUGUUUAUACAAAGCUUUUUGUACGGAUACCCAUAAAACGGCCAUGAGGAAAUUUUUGGAAAUAAUCUCGGCUAACACGUCUAGUCCGCAAAUCAUUGAAAAUGACAAACCUGUGACGCUAAAAGAAGGGUUAAUGAUCAAAAGAGCCCAAGGCAGAAAAAGAUUCGGCAGAAAAAAUUUCAAGCAAAGAUACUUCAAACUCACCACUCAGAAUUUGAGCUACUCGAAAAGUCGAGGGAAAGAAGCCUUAUGCGAAAUUCCACUCUCUAACAUCUUGGCUGUAGAGCGGCUAGCGGAAACCUCAUUCAAAAUGAAAAAUAUGUUUCAAAUAGUACAGCCGGAGAGGGCGUUGUAUGUGCAGGCUGCAAAUUGUGUGGAGGAAAAAGAGUGGGUGGAUUUGUUGACUAAAAUCUGCCAAACUAAUGCGAAUCGGUUGAAAAAGUACCAUCCAUCAGCGUUUAUUAAUGGAGAGUGGAUGUGUUGUAAAUCUCCCAACGAAUUAGCCCAAGGCUGCAGCGAAGUAUCGCAAGUGGACAGCAACAAUUAUCACAUGACUCUGGAUCCGGAACGAGAAUUGCAGCGCAUCCAUGCACUGGUUAUCAACCACAUACCCCAUUUGGAACGGUAUAUUCAAGUGUUACAAGAACGGGAUCCGGCUAUUUGUGACGUUUUGAGGCAAUUACGGGAGGUGACUUUUAAAAUCGAGCAUCAGCAUCGGAUUUAUAAGAGGACGUUGGAUAGGAAUACCAGAUAUGGAAGCUUAGCUGCUCCAAUAGGCGACGACAAUUACCUACUAGCUUCAAGAAUGAAUUUAGACCCGAAUGUUCUUCUGCGAUGCAUGACGACAACGGAUUCGUCAGUGUCAUGAGUAGGAUUGUUAAUCUUGAGCUUCAUUUUAGGUGUAAUAUUUAUGUGAGCGAAUAUUGCCAAGUAAUUAAUGGACUUUUAUAGAUUCGACAGCAAAGCUUUGGUGCUAGAAAUUUGAUUUUUGAAUGUCUCGGUUAAAGACUGUUAUUGCUGUCGUAUCGAUUAAGAACUCUUCUCCUUUUAGUGGAACAAAAAAAUGUACAGAAUAUUUACUAGUGAAUAGUAAAUUUGACCCUAGAGAUUCUCAAAUUUAAGACUGCUAUAUAAUAUAUACAUAUAUAAAUAUCUUAAGCAAGGAACGCCAGUGUUAUGUAUAAAAAAAUACUUUAAAUAUAAUAUACAAAGGGUGCUUCAAAUAAGGAAUGCACUUGAUGGAAAUUAUUUAUUAUACAUAUUUAUCUUUUCAAAUAUUUGAAUAAAAUCUUAUUAUGUUCAAAUCAAGUUAACAACUGAUUCAAUCUCCCAAUAGUUACAAGUUUAUAUAAAAUUACGACCUCAACUUCUUAGAACCUUCUUGGAAUUGUUUAAUGUUUUAUCAGCGUUUUGAGAGGGACUCCAUAUCUUUGGAAAUUCCAUGUUCUUCUGUUUUCUAUCUAGUAUUUUAGCCUGAGCCCAUUGGAUGUUGAACAAUGCCUGCAUUCAAUGGGUUCAGGCGGAAUUACUAGACAAAGAACAGUACUGGGACAACCGCAAAUUCAAGGAAGCAGCUUGUAUUGGAAGAAAAUUUAAUAAUUCUUAAUUCUAUGUAAACUCGUAGCUAGAAAGAAGUUGACUAAGGAUCAAAUAAUUCCACUCAGGGUUGCGUUUAGAAAUAGCACUCUGGUUAUGAGAGUGACCCUAGAGUAACUCUAAACCGUUCAUAAAUUACCAGGUGGUUACUCGAAGCGUUACACUGGAAUCAGUCAGAAAUCGAGAGUUGACACGCCCAGAGUACGCCCAAAUUACCCCACUCAGGGACUGGGUUGAAAAAGGCCCCGUGGUUUUUACCGAGUUUGACAUUAACAUUUACCAAAACGCCCCAUUACGUUCAGAAAUAGCGCACCCAGAAUGCACUCCAAGUGGUGACGUCAGAACACUCUGACGAACAACUACUCUAUCCUCACACUCUAUUUCUAAACGCACUCCAUUAUAUUCAAUUUACCCAAUGACAAGUGCAAAUAUUUUUCAUCUUUCCCGAGAUUUCCAAGCUGCUUAUUCCUAUGUGGGCCACUCUGUAUAGCGAUUUUUUUAAAAAUUUGAUUGAUUUUUGAAAUACCGAGAAUAGAAGUUAAACUUUCUCACAAAGUGUUCGGUCUUCACGUAGAAAAUUUAAUGUCACGAUUCCAAAAAUCUCGUUUUGUGUUUUGUAAAUACAUAAAACUUUUUCAAAAAGUGAAUAGAGGUUUAAUAUAUUAUUUUGAAGAUCUUUGGACAUAUUUUUUUAAGCGUAUAAAAUAAUUGACAAUCACAACCGUUUUCUUUUGUGUUGUGCUGUACAGGGUCUUUGAUUAUGAUGAAUACAUUUUUAUCAAAAAAAAAAAAAACACCACCCUGUAUAGUGGAGUGAAUAGCUACUAAAAUUUUGAUUUUUUACGGUUAUAAGUACAAACCCGUGUCUUAGAUAAUGUCUUACCCUUUGUAUCAUCUAAAUAAAAAUAUAUAUUUAAUUGUUAAGCAAUAACGACAUAGAGUGACUAAAUUUUAAGGCUAUAGAGGAACUUAUUUUUAGGAGAUAAUAACUUCUAUAGGUUUUUCGUCUUCCCAUGUAUACUGUAGUUUACAGUAAUGUUUGAGAAGGAAUAUUUGUGGUUUACAUUUUCAUGUUCAUUGCACAUAUUAUUCCAGGCAGAGGUUAUUAUGCCUAUAUCCUCAAGUUGCCUUAAGCCUGGGACACAUCUAUCAUGCAUUCUUCUGAUCCGACUCCGAUCAUACAAUCAAUCAAUCAAUCAAUCAUCCUUAUUCUUGGAACAGGGAGCAGUGUUUCCAGGCGCUCUCCUGGGAACGCUGCUCCUAUGUUCCAAGAAUAAGGACCUUGAUUGUAUGAUCGGAGUCGGAUCGGAAAAAUGCAUGAUAGAUGUGUCCCGGCCUUUAUGUAACUUGUGAGAAGAAGCUGCUCAUCAAAUAAUUUACUAUCGAAUUAUGAUUCCAAUGUAAUACAAUCAAACAUUUACUCAUGGUCUACUAAUGCUAGAAUUUGUAAUACACUACAAGCUAUUAUUACUUCCACAAAGUCAACCAAAUAUUUCUGAUCAAAUAAACUGUUAUAAAAUUAAUAUAGAAUUAAUCAACAAUCCUCCUUUUUUUGUUUUUUUUCUAACAUCAAACAUUUUUCGUAUAUUUCUAUGUGGAUAACUUGUUUUUCCUUAGAAACAGAAAGGCAGGGGCAUUUAGGUUUCAAGCCAAUCAAUGUAACAUUCAAAAAUCUUUUAUGAAAAUGUACCUUACAAUGUGAAAGACGUUGAAAGCAUUAAAAAUAUGUUAAAUUAAUUGUAACAUUGACUUUUGGCUUUUUGUUUUGUGUUUUAUUUUGUAAAUUUCUUUUUGUUGAGACAGAAUCGUUUCUGUUUAGAAAAAUGUUUUCGCCUCUUAUGUUCAGCUUUAAAUAUUGUUUAGUGUAAAAAAAAUUGAAUCUUAACCUUUUUUAUUACUAUAGUUAUUGUUUGGUAAAAUUUACCAAAUUAAUGUUUAUUGUUGUAUGUAUAUUUUUCGCGAUAUGAUUAUUGGUACUGAUUUUUUGUAGUUUUUUUUCGCAUUUAAUGCAUUUUUUAAUCUAUUUGUUCUUAUUAACUUAUUAACGAAUUUUUAAAUUAUUUCGAUGUUGAUGUUGUUUUUAAUUAUAGUUUUUUUCAUUGUGAAUAUUUUUAUUGUACAAAUAAAUCCGUAAACAGUUUGAGAAGGAAUUUUAUUUUUCUUGUUCAACUCUUCAUUCCCUAUUUAAGUGCGCGACAA